GAGAGUGUGCUAGGCGUUGGGACCACUAGUAGUGCGUUUAUCUGGGGAGGGGGGCAAGAGACAGUGGAAAAGGUUAUAUGUUGGUCUUUUCAGCCAUUAGGCCCAGCUGAAAUUACAAAAGCAACGAUGGAGCCUGCAUGAGAAACUACACUUUGCGUGCGUGUGUGUGAUAAGGUGUGUCCUGGCCCCCGGCCCCCUCUGUGGAUGUCUGUUACCAUGGCAAAGUUUGAGACAGGCCGCACAAGCCCAGUGGUCCGGCAAAUAGACAAGCAGUUCCUGGUGUGCAGCAUCUGUCUGGACCACUACCACAACCCCAAAGUCCUGCCCUGCCUACACACCUUCUGUGAAAGGUGCUUACAGAACUACAUUCCUUCUCAGUCCCUAACGCUGUCCUGCCCGGUGUGCAGACAGACCUCCAUCUUGCCGGAAAAAGGUGUGGCGGCACUGCAGAACAACUUCUUCAUCACAAACCUUAUGGAGGUGCUGCAGAGAGAUCCAGAAUGUUCUCGGCCAGAGGCCUGCAGCGUGUUGGAGUCUGUCAGUGCUGCGGCCGCUGGGAUACCGCUCUCCUGCCCAAAUCACGAGGGCAAGGUGAUGGAGUUUUACUGCGAGUCGUGUGAGACAGCCAUGUGCCUGGACUGCACAGAGGGGGAACACCGGGAGCAUGUGACCGUUCCACUGCUGGAUGUUCUGGAACAGCACAAAGCAGCGCUGAAGAACCAGCUGGAUGCCAUACGUAACAGGCUGCCCCAGCUAACAGCAGCCAUUCAGCUGGUGAAUGAGAUCUCUAAACAGCUGAUAGAGAGGAAGAACGAUGCCGUCAAUGAGAUCAAUGUGACAUUUGAGGAGCUGGAGAGAGCACUACAUCAACGCAAAGCUGCACUUAUCACAGACCUGGAGAACAUAUGCAGUACCAAGCAGAAGGUUUUGCAGGCGCAGUUAUCCUCCCUUCUGCAGGGAAAAGAGCACAUCCAGAGCAGCUGCAGUUUCACCGAGCAAGCCAUGAACCAUGGCAGCGCCACCGAAGUCCUGCUGGUCCAAAAACAGAUGAGUGAGCGUGUUGGUGCCCUCGCCUGCCACGACUUCCCUGAAUGGCCUCACGAGAAUGCCCACUUGGACUGCCAGAUAGAAACGGAAGGUCUACGACGCUCCAUUCAGAACCUGGGCGUGCUGCUGACGACGGGUGCUGUGGGACACACGAGUGUAGCCACGGGCGAAGGGCUCAGACAUGCCCUGGUCGGUCAACAUAUCACCAUAACUGUUACCACGAAGGAUAAGGACAGCGAACUUGUGCGAAAUGGUAAUGCGGUGCUCCGAUCAGAAAUAACGGGGCAGGACGGAGUGCGGGCGACGGAAGUGGAGGUUGUGGACAAUAAAAAUGGAACUUAUGAGGUAGGGUACACACUUAAAAGUGAAGGAGAGUUCUUGUUUUCUCUGAUGCUCUAUGGACAGCCCGUGAAGGGCAGUCCAUUCAGGCUGCGGGUAAUAAAGCCGUCCGAUGUGCCUCAUUCUCCGGAUGAUGUGAAGAGGAGGGUAAAAUCACCCAGUGGGACAGGAGGGCACAUCAGGCAGAAAGCAGUGCGGAGACCCAACAGCAUGUACAGCACCACUAAGAAGAAGGAAAAUCCUAUUGAAGAUGAGCUGAUUUACAGAGUAGGCUCUCGGGGUAGGGAGAAGGGAGAGUUCACUAAUCUACAAGGCAUCUCUGCCUCCACCAGCGGGAGGGUUAUUGUAGCAGACAGCAACAACCAGUGUAUACAGGUGUUUACAAAUGAUGGCCUGUUCAAAGCACGCUUUGGGGUCAGAGGUCGCUCACCGGGUCAGCUGCAGAGGCCGACAGGAGUGGCAGUUGACACAAAUGGAGACAUUAUAGUAGCUGAUUAUGAUAACAGAUGGAUCAGCAUCUUCUCUCCUGAUGGGAAAUUCAAGAAUAAGAUUGGGGCUGGCCGUUUGAUGGGACCUAAGGGUGUUGCUGUGGACAGAAAUGGUCACAUCAUUGCAGUAGAUAACAAAGCCUGCUGUGUUUUCAUCUUUCAAUCCAAUGGCAAACUAGUGACCAAGUUCGGAGCCAGAGGCACUGCAGACCGACAGUUUGCAGAAAAAAGUGGUGCAAAGUUUGCACUGGAGCAAAAGUUUAGUAAAUCUGGUCGUGUUUUCAGUCCACACUUUGUUGCUGUCAACAACAAGAAUGAAAUAGUGGUGACGGACUUCCAUAACCACUCUGUUAAGGUCUACAGUGCAGAUGGGGAGUUUUUGUUUAAAUUUGGCUCCCAUGGAGAGGGAAAUGGCCAGUUUAAUGCUCCCACAGGGGUAGCUGUUGAUGUUAAUGGCAACAUCAUCGUAGCAGACUGGGGCAACAGCAGAAUACAGGUGUUUGACAGCUCAGGCUCAUUUCUCUCCUACAUCAACACAAGUGCUGAUCCCCUGUAUGGCCCGCAGGGUCUUGCAUUAACCUCUGAUGGGCAUGUUGUGGUGGCUGACUCUGGUAACCAUUGCUUCAAAGUCUAUCGGUACCUGCAGUAAUGCACAGGUUCUCCUCCACCUCAAGUCCUUCCACAGGGUGCCACAGCAUCUCCAGUGAUUUCAACAAUGUUUGGAAACUUUUAUCAAAAGUCCUCAACCAAACAAGAGGAUGAAUCAAAUGAACGAAUGCACUUUUCUUUUCUCUUCUGUUAAUUUUCAUGUUCCAAAAAGGACUACUGCUCUACUAAACCAGGAAUGUAGAUUGUAAAUAACAGAAACCAUAUCAAUAAGCACAGAUUAUUACUGAACAUCAAUAUGUAAUUACAAGUUGUGUAUAAAUAAAAAUAUAGCAAAACAUUUUAUCCACAUUCUUUAACCCUUCCAGAAAAGUCAGGAAACUUUAUUUUCAAGAUUAUGAAAUUGGAGCCAAAACCAUCAAAUCAGUUACUCCUCAGUAAUGCGGAGUACAAAAAAAUUUAAUACAAAAUGUAAUCGGAAUAUUUGUCUUGUUUUCCAUUAAACAAUAUCUAAAAAUCCUAAGACUAGUUUUCUAACAAUUAUACACCGAUCAGCCACAACAUUAAAACCACCUGCCUAAUAUUGUGUAGAUCCCCCUCGUGCCUCCUAAACAGUGCCAACUAGGGAUGGGAAGAUCGAUCCUAAAGGAUUGAUACAUCCGAUACUGAUUUUGUAUCAAAAAUAUCGAUCCUCACACAAAAUAUUGAUUCUAAAACAAGUGAUAUUAUUAUUUGACCAUGUCCAUGAACAAUAAUCGGAAGCGUUAAAGUGAAAUAAAAAGAUUUAGGGUAUAUUAGCAUAUACUUGUGACAGUUUCUUCUGCUCGUAUUAACGUACAUGCUGAAAUAAACAAGCAGACAAAAGCUUGUGCCGUUGCAACGCUCGUUCAAACAAGAGGGAUCAGUGCUGUGCAAAGGUAAUGAUAGAAAAUCUGAGAAACUGCUUCAUUUAUUAUGAGUUUGUGUGACGUUUAUUUAAAUUAUCUAAACAAGUUGUUAGAACAUUGAUAAUGUUCUGUAAUUGUUGUUGGUUAAUUAAAACAAAUAUAAUUAACCAUGGUUUUACUAAAGAUAUAUUGUAGUAACCCUAGCUGUAUGUAUGUUUGUUUUUCUUCUUCUUAAUUUAUUUUAGAUUUUUUUUGCUGGGCGGGAUGUAGGCAUGGGCAAAUGGGAGUCUUGCCCACCCAAUCCAAUAUUUAGGAAAAAUGGUUUUAAAUGUAUUUAUAUAAUAUAUAUCUUUUUUUUUUUUUUUGCACUAAUUAAAAGCAAUAUGGGGGUAAAAUGUGUGUUGCAAACAUUAAGGGUUGGCUGUAGACUGCCCAACCAAUCACAAAACAGCCCCAGAAAUGUGUCCAGUGACCAUGUGGCUGCUGUUAAUGUAUCACAGUCAUUUGUUCCUCCCGUUCCCGUGCACACCUCAUCCUGCGCCGCACUCUGUUGCACCAUGUCCCAUUGAUUCCACGGCCAAUAUGACUGUAUGUACUGAUAGUACUGUACGUGAUCAUUACUCACAGCUGGAUACAGUGUUUUGUGGGAUGUGUGCUUCUGUUUCCUGUUUUUAAUUCCGUGUUGAUGAGAGAUUCUGUCUCCUCAUGUCUUGCAUCUCUUUUGUAUACACAUUUUUACAAUGCUGUGAUUACUUUGUUGUUUAUUGUUUGUCAUUGCGCUUUAAACUAAUCUGUUUGCCAGGAAAAUAACCUUUGGUGCUUACAUGGCAUUAGUUUCCAUCCAUCCAAAUUCCUGUAUUCCCAAAAUUACUUUACACACAGUUUCACUGGUAAAAAUAUCAAUACCCUUUGCUACCCUACAAAGGCCAUACUCAUUAACUAACACUGAAACUGAGGAAAAAUUGCUUGAAUUAUUUUGAUGUGGAUUUUGUUGUUGCUGCAUUUCACACAAUGGUUUCUCUGAAUUACAACAUAUGAGACAAACUCAUCUGUCACUGGACAAAUCAUGAGACCCGUUUCAGUCAGAACUCAAUUUUGUGUUUCGCUUUUUGUAGGGCAGUAUCAUAGCUUAUUACAUUUCUGUCAAACAGAAAGAAUCGUCAUUGGUUUAUAUUAUAUAAUUACUUCUUUAAACGGUUCCCAUCUGUGCCAAAUGAGAGGUUCUUAAUCAUGAUCUCUCCAUUUAAUAUGUUUCCAUUCACACUUUAUCUGCACUCCAUCCUUGUAUUCGUGGGGGCUCUUUGUCUUUGUAAUUUGCUUUAAGGCUGUAAUUCUAAUUACUCCGAAAGUGUAAAGUUGUUAGGGCCAACCUCAGUCUUAUGAUUAUAUACAAUGUUUAUCAGUUUAUUUAUUUCAAUAUAUUUUUUUAAUAUGGGGAAUAAUUGUAAAAUAUAGUUAUAUUGGGCCUUAUGAUCUUGACAAUUACGACAUGUUUUGCCAAUUAAAUACAUUAAAUUAGUAGUCUGAGUAAAGUAGUCAGUUCGAACCAUUCUUUGUUGACCUUUCUCAUCAACAAGGUGUUUCCAUCCACAGAACUGCCCCUCACUGGAUGUUUGUUGUUUUUGGCAUCAUUCUGAGUAAACGAUAGAGACUGUUGUGCAUGAAAAUCACAGGAGAUCAGCAGUUACAGAAAUACUCAAACCAGCCCAUCUGGUACCAACAAUCAUCCAUUUGAUUAUCUUAUCAGCCAAUCGUGUGGCUGCAGUGCACAAAAUCAUGCAGUUAGGGGUCAGGAGCUUCAGUUAAUGUUCACAUCAACCAUCAGAAUUGGGAAAUAAUGUGAUUCAUUGAUUUGGAGUGUGGCAUGUUUUUAGUAUUUCUGUAACUGCUGAUCUCCUGGGAUUUUCACGCACAACAGUCUCUACAAUUUACUAAGAAUGGUUCCAAAAACAUCCAGUGAGCAACAGUUCUGCAGACAGACAUGCCUUGUUGAUGAGAGAGUUCGAUCAGAGAAUAGCCAGACUGGUUCGAACUGACAAAGUCUACAGUAACUCUGAUAACCGCUCUGUACAAUUGUGGUGAGAAGAAAAGCAUCUAUUCUGAGACGCGGGUUGGCGCUGUUUUGGCAGCACUAGGGGGACCUACACUAUAGUGUGUGUGUAAUCUAUAUUAUAAAUAUAACAUAUUUAAAAUGAGUUUCUUAAAGUUAAUUAUUAUUCUUAAAUUGCAGGGAAAAGUCUUGUUGGCAUAAACCUCACUAAAUUUAGGUCGAUUUAUGCUUUACAGUGAGGUAAAGCCAAAAAUAAAAGGUAAGUCAUGGUAGCUUAUACAGUUUUGCUUUUACUGGACAACUAGACAAAAACUGACACGAUUUAAAAAUAUUUUUUCUGUGAAUACCCCAUGACUGCAAAAGCAAUUGUGAAUUUUGUUAUUGCUGUAUGUUUUGCAUUUACAAAUACUAAUUUGUGGACAUAUGAACAUAUUUGUUGUAUGUAACCUGUAAAUGAUACUGGUUUAUUGUAUUGUCCUAACUAUGACAGCAUUUACCACUAAGAUUUCAUUAUGCCUGAGAUGAUUCGAGUGAGCAUCCAUACUUUGUGCUCUUAAAAUUAUCAACCCAAUAAACGGAGUCAAAAUGGACAUAUUUAUUUUUUCUUUUCCAUUCCAAAAUAUUUAUUUUCCUAAAGCACAAGGUUACUUUGAGUUAAACAAAAACGGAAUAGGCAAACCAACUAUUUAAUGUAUAUUGCCUCUGAUUUUCAUGUGCUAUAAGCUGAUUACCUACAUGGAAUUUGAUAUCUCUGUAUAUAAUCCUUCAGAUGCAUUUAUCAUUCUGUUCUCAGUGUAGCAAACAAAUGUUGUCUUUAGUCCAUAUUACAGUUUUUAAUUUUUAUUUUAUAUAUAUAUAUAAUUUUUUGGGGAAUGUCAUACCCCACACCUUCAUCACCAGCCAAAGAUAUCAAAAUUUCACCUUUUUAAUUUUGUGAACAUUUCCUUUGUCUGUGUGAAUAUUGUGACGCUACGUCUCCUUAAAGGAAUAGGUCACCUAAAAAUGUAAAUACUAUCACUCACCAUCAUGUCACUUUCUUGAUGACUCACUUGGGAACUUGCAAUAUUUAGUGCUAAAAAUAUACAAGUUCUCAGGUGAGCACGCUUGUCAUUGUGAACGAGCAAUGGACAGGAAGAAUUUGACUGUAAAAUCACUUUCAUUUUGUGUUGUUUCUCACCAAAAGUCAUUAUAUGGCUUCAGAAGACUUGGAAUAUGAUGUAUGAGUUGCAUUAACUUCUUUUAUGGUACUUUUGGGAACUUUUUAUAAGCUUUAAGUGAGUCACUAUCCACUGCCAUUGUAUUGAAAAGCCUGACUAGGAAAGUAAUUUAAAAAAAAUCCUUUUGUGGUCCACAUAAGGGAUUGGGAGAAUAUAAGGGCAAAUAAAUGACAUUUUCAUUUUUUGGUGAACUAUUCCUUUAAUAAUCUAUUUUCUAUGUGUUGCUGUACAAGGUUUAUGAAAGGUGGAUCACAGUUGAAACAGUGAACAUAUCUUUUUGCAUGUUAACAAUGAUUUUACCAGCAGUCUAAAUAUGGUUUCUGCAGCAGUGAAAUGCCUAUUUACUAUUGCCAGGUUGGAAUUA